AUGCCUCACUUACUCUCAAUAGCUGAAGCCCACUCCUACCAACUCGGCUAUCGCUGGAACCCUGCUAAAUGUGUUGUUAUCAAUGCAUCUGGUAUGGGUCACGCAACACCUCUCACCCUCUACAAUCAACCUAUACCAACAGCUGACUCCUUUUCCUAUUUGGGUAUCCCUUUCAACAACGGUACUCGUGUGGAUCCUUAUCUCCUAAUCCAACGCAACACAAGUUCAACUAUUGCAGCAAUGCGAACACUUGAAACAUUGGGUUGCAAUCCUCGUGGUCUCCCUCGCCUUCUUGCGAUACGCCUUUACCAACAAUUCAUCCGACCAAAGAUGGAAUAUGGAUUGGCUAUCACACCUUCCACCAAAGGCCAACUCAAAAAGCUCGAACAAGCACAAGACCAAUGUUUACGUUGGAUUUUUGGCGGACAUAGCAAAUCAUCAACAAAAGCUUUCCGUCAUAUGGCCAACCUUCCAACAAUGCAGGAUCGUGUUACCAACCUUGGUGCCAAAUUUCUCGUCCGUGCUUUCUCCCUCCCUGAUGAUGCUCUCUUACCCAUCAUGAAGCCUCUCAUCUCCAACAGCCACGUCCACCUAUGGCACAAGCUAACGACCACCAACACCAUUUGGAGCCAUUUACCACCUCCUCCACAAGAAGCCGAUCGACGUACUCUCAAGACCACCAUUAAAAAGAUGCGUUUAGAUCGCUUUAUGGAAAUGCGUGAUGACCCUCACUCUGGUGUUAUGCUCUCUUUCCUUCGUCUCACUUUGACUCUGGAUCCCAUUUUGUUCCUACCUAUGACUGCAAGAGAAAGAAGCCGCUUGUUACGUUGGCGUAUGGGAUGGUUACCAGGGAAACCAACUGCUUAUAAGCCUGAUGGUGCAAAUCUUGGUGCCCAAUACCUACAAUGGCUCCGCACGGACCAUCCCCCAUCCUCCACAUCAUCCGCUGAUGCAUGA